GAGGUAACGGCGGGGAGGACGUGUUGGGUAGCGCGGCUCUCUGCUGGCGUCGCGCCGCGGCUGGAUGUCGGUGACAGCCCUUGUGUCGUCUCGUCUGCUCCAGCGAUCGCGGGGAAUCUGGGUCAUUUCCAGCCGGCUCGCAUGUGACCGUUCCCCAUACUCGUCUUGCCUCGUCCUGCCCAGGGCAGAAUGCAGCCGGCUACAUGCUAAUGAUGACGCCAAAGUGUUCCUCCAUCUCUUCCAGAGAGAUGGAGCGAUGGAGGGAGAGGAGAAAAGAGCAGCGUUAACGCACAGCCGUGUGUUGUCUUCUUAGUCCAUUAAUUUUACAGUAGCCUUCAGCUCACUCCUCCAUGUCCCCGUUGGCUCGGUAGCCUGCUAGCUAUGAAGUUCAACUUUUCAUUUCACCCUUUGCUAGUUUGUGUUAUGCUGCUUCCUUAACUGCGUAAUGCCUUUUAAAUUAUAGGAAGAUUUUGAACAUUAAAGAAUUACUAGCAGUUCUCUAAAUUAACAAACCGACAUCAUUUUUUAGGUAGGCCUAGUUCUAGUUUUAAGGAAAAAACGAAUAACCAUAAUAAUCCUCCUUAUAAUAAUAUUUAUAUUAACAACAAUAAAAUAAUAAUAUCAUGAUGCAAUUGUUAUCGGAUUAAUAUUUAUAAGAAUCAUAAUUGUAAUUCCAAUAAAAAUAGUCAAUAAUUUAAGCCACAUUUGAAGUCUCUUUAAUUAGUUCUAGAGGCAUUAAGUUGUUCUCCCUGCUGUUGAAGUCCGAGAGACCAGUGUAAGUGAUGCCUUGCUCGGGGCUUCCAGCGGUGGGUUUCCUUCUCUCAUCGUUACAAUCCGUGAUGGGUCGUGAGAUUUUACAGUAUCGUGUUCAUAGAACCUCAGAAAAAUAUAAAAAUUACAAACACAAUUUAAAAGCAUUUCAUGAGCUCACAUGGCCAGGUUCACGGUUCCAGAAAUAAACCGUGAGCCAGGCCACGGUUCAUUUCUGGGCCUAAAGCGGAUAACGUACACAAUGUGGGCCUGCACGACUGCUUAAGAGCAUGACUGUGGAGACAGGCGGACAAAGGGAGGGAGAUGGUUGAAUGAGGGCCACUGUGUGCGGGUCAGCUUUGUGCGGUGGUUUUGGUGACAGCAUUGCCUGCGAUGCGCUGGCACAGUGCGGCUGAGGGAGUGAUACCCUCAUACCCUCAUCACUCGAUCUUGAUAUGGACGUUUAUGUCAUGGAAAAACACUGCAACGAAAAUCACACCUCUUAUCACUUUGUCAUAAAUUGUGUUAUAUGUUGUCGGGCAGGUCGCUGUGGUUGCGUAUUUCAUCAACAAUAAUUGUUAUUUACAAACUUUUGUUUAUGGUAUCGAACCCGUGUUAUUUAUGAAUGGGCUAAAUGUAGUAUGCCUGCAAGAUAAAUUAUUGACGGCCAUUUUAAUAUUAAAAACAAUCACCUUGUGUGUCUUUUUGAACAUGAGGCUCCUCUUGGUUUCUGAUGCGUCUUAUCCUUUAUUUAUGAUUACUCGGUGUGCAGUGCUAAACCCAUAAUAAUAUGGAUUUAUGAAUACCGAGCCUAGUAAGAACUUAAAUCGCCUUAAUCCGUCUGCUGCUUCAGUGCUCAGACCACCUGCUCACUCGACACAUUCAACAACUCUUAUUUUUUGGAAACAUUUAUAAUAAAAUAUAAUUUGCCCAUAUUGGAGAUAAUACUAUUUUCUCACAAAUAUCAUGAAAUGAACAUCUUGCGCAGAAGGCAGGCCUCUCUCAGCCGAAAGAGGAGGCUAUAAUUCAUGCAAUAGAAUAGAAGCUGAAGGCACUCGGUUGAACACACACCAGUGUGUGUGUGUGUGUGUGUGUGUGUGUGUGUGUGUGUGUGUGUGUGUGUGUGUGUGAGUGUGAGAGAGAGAGAAAGAGGGAGAGAGAGAGAUGCUGUGAAAAUAAUAUCAGGCUUUUCCGUCAGAAUGAACUUUCCACUGUAUCCAGCCAUGAAAUAAUGUGAAGCGACACUUCAAACCAUCUGCGCCAUCUAUCCCCCUCUUCUUCUCUAAACCCGCCAGUGCACAAAACGGAGAGUGUAUGAUCCUAACCCGCCCAGCUAGGCAGUGGAAUCUGAAUUCGAUCCACAAUUAUAUAGCCUAAUAUUUCACGGAAACAUUUAGGCUCUCCGCCCUCUUUGGUGUGGACCGCUGGUGCGAAAGACCGUGCCGCUCCUUGGGCAGGCUGCGGGGUUCAGGUUGGGGGGUUCAGCCUCCCAGUCCCGCGGUCCCCUCGUUACCCCUCGUGGAUCAGUUAAAAUAAGAGUCUACGGUCCUGGUAUUUGUGUUUCUUACGGUUCUUCUGUUUACUACGCUGUGGGCCAAUCCACGUUGCGCACGGAUCUCACACAAUUAUUAUCUCUCCCUAUCCAAAAACAAUAAUACAAAUACAAUAAUCUUAUUCUAAAAAUUCUAAACCGAAACGUGCUUCUAGGAUGUAAUGUAUCCUGGAUUUUGCCGGGUCUAUUUUAGGAGCGUCCAUGUUGUCCGGCCCUUCAGGAGAGCGGGGAGCUGUGUUUCUGUAACACCGCACACAAAGGAGAGGUGUUGGGACACACGGAAGCCAAUUAAAUGUUUGAAGACAUAAAGCAAAGGUCAAAAUGUUUAGGCUGCGGUUUAAAAGUGCAGUCGAACACUGGGAGGCGCCGAGAUAUCUUGGCGCUCCUUCCGCGUGAUUGGUAGGCUCAACUUGACAGUGAUUGACGGGCAUCCAUGGCAACCGCGCAGCCAAUCUGCCAAGUCCAAUAGAAAAUCAGCAGCGAGGGCGACUGUCUUUUUCCCCUUCAAAAAACAUCUCGGCUCGAGUCGUGAUGCUCUUGUACUCUCGACCCUCGCCCACCGAGUUGAGCAGGAGGAGGAUGCAGCAGUGAGCCGGAGCGACUCGCUCCUCACCGAAUGUAACAGAGCAUCCGAUCCGUUCGGACCGGAGGUUCGACCCGAGGAGGCGCGCGAGGACGGAGGAGUGCGACGCACGAGCGACGGGAGGAGGAAGGGACACGCUCAGCCUCCAUGUUUCAGCUGCCCAUCUUAAACUUUAGCCCCCAGCAGGUCGCGGGGGUCUGCGAGACCCUCGAGGAGAGCGGGGACAUCGAGCGCCUCGGCCGCUUCCUGUGGUCCCUGCCGGUCGCCCCAGCCGCCUGCGAGGUCCUCAACAAGAACGAGGCGGUGCUGAGGGCGCGCGCCAUCGUGGCCUACCACAGCGGUAACUUCCGGGAGCUCUACCACAUCCUGGAGAACCACAAGUUCACCAAAGACUCGCACAGCAAGCUGCAGGCCCUGUGGCUGGAGGCGCACUACCAGGAGGCGGAGAAGCUGCGGGGCCGCCCGCUGGGGCCCGUGGACAAGUACCGCGUGCGGAAGAAGUUCCCGUUGCCCCGCACAAUCUGGGACGGCGAGCAGAAGACCCACUGCUUCAAGGAGAGGACCCGACACUUGUUACGGGAAUGGUACCUGCAGGACCCCUACCCCAACCCCAGUAAAAAGAGGGAGCUUGCCCAGGCCACCGGACUUACCCCCACACAAGUGGGGAACUGGUUCAAGAACCGGAGACAAAGAGACCGAGCGGCGGCCGCCAAGAACCGGCUCCAGCAGCAGGUCCUCUCCGGGGGGUCGGUGCGGUCGCUGGCGGAUGACGACGGGACGACGGACCGCCUCGGGAACUCGUCGAGCCCCGAGGCCAGCCUGUCCAGCAAGGCCGCCGCCUCGGCCAUCUCCAUCACGUCCAGCGACAGCGAAUGUGACAUCUGACGGCCUCGCGCGAGGCCGUCCGCAAGUCAGGAGGACAGUUAACGCGCAAUAAAUAAAGGAGAGGAAGAGAGAUCAGGAGAGAGAGGAAGAGAGACAAUCUAAAACAGACUUAGUGCCUGCGUGGAAAACAAACACUACGACUGUCGUUCGAUGGCGACAGAAACCCGAGGGACGGAAGUCCCGUCUUAAGCCGCCUUCCGGUAUUGUUUCGCUUUGACCACAUGCGGAGAAAUCUAAAAACGAUGCAUGGAGAAUAUCCCUGAUAACAUCCCGGAUAACAUCCCGGAUCACAUCCCUCUGAAGGGGGCGGGGGGGGGGGGGGGGGGGAACCGAGGCCUCCAGACGAGAGUGAAUUGAAAAAAGGAAUCUGAAGAAGACAUUUGAACGCCUAACCUGCUAUUUUCUGUGGGUAUUUCAUGUUGAAAGACUGUGAUAUUUUUAAUUUACUUUAAAAGUUUUAUAAAUAAUGUUUAUUUACCUAUUUAAACGAUUGGCUUUGUCUCUUAGGUUUUCAUAUUGAUUUGCUUGGUGUUUUUAAUAUUUACGUGUGCACAGGUUAACUGGUCAGCAUGUGCGCUUUAGUGGAAAUGUGAUUCAGUAAAAAAAGAAAAGUAAAGAUAACUUAAUAAAAUAUUUGUUGACAAAAUAA